UGGGCAAAAAAGACAAUGUCGUUUGUUUAUGGAAAUCACAUGAUUAUGCAUCUCCUAUUUAAAGGCCUGUUUGCUACUUCAUUAAGGAGGACAGCUGUUCAACACAGGUUAGCCAAAAUGAGAUUGUGGCUCAUUCUUUUGAUUGGUUUGGCUUGUGGAUAUGACUCAGAUGCCUUAUUGGCGGAGUCGGGAGGUAGGGGAAGACUACAAGAAACGAGAAGACAAGGAUCCUCUGUAGAGAACACGGAAAGUGAAGAAAGGAUCCAGACAAGUGAAAAGCGAGAUCACGACACACAAGGCCUUGAAGAGAGAGGAGACGCAUCAGCGGAAUCAAAUGAAAAAGCAGAGCUGCAAGCAAAUGGAAAGCGAGAUAUGGCAGCUCAAGGCUCUAAGGAGAGAGGAGUCAUUUCAGCAGAAACAGAUAACACGAAGGAGCUGCAAGCAAAUGGAAAGCGAGAUCUUGAUGCACAAGACCUUGAGGAGAGAGAUACAGCGUAUUUAGAUGAUCAGAAUAUCGAUGAUGAGGUUGAAAAUGAGGACCUCUCACUGGGCAAUCUCGCUCUAGAAGCUAAUGAAGGUGGAAAUUUAGAAAACUUGGCUGCAAACGAAUUUGAUCAUUCAGAUUCAGUGAAAGGAGAAAGAGAUAAUAUCAACAUGGAUGAACUUGGGCAGCUGGAUGAACUUCUUCAAAGUAUCGAAGAUCUGGACAAUUAAAAGGUGCUUUAUGGGGGCCUUCCUAUCUGAAGAGUCUGCCUCGAGCAAUAGAAGAAAGAAAGCACAAUGUACUAUUGGCUGCUGCCAUAAAUAACUUAACAUUAAUAAACUAUGAAUAAAUUCUGCAUUUACUUA